AUGCCGUAUUCGUUGGAAGGCCGCAAUGUCCUGGUGACAGGCGGCAGCAGGGGCCUGGGUGCGCUGAUUUGCGAGAAAUUCGCAGGUGAAGGGGCUCAUGUCAUGGUCAACUACGUGUCGUCUGAGGACCGAGCUAAGGACGUCGUCCAAAAGUGUGAGGGUCUUGGUGUCAGGGCCUUCGCUGUCAAGGGCGACGCGGGAAAUGCAGAAGACAAUGCUCGAAUCGUCAAAGAGACAGUAGAGAAGCUAGGUGGUCUUGACAUCGUCGUUGCCAAUGCAGGCUGGACAAGAUUCUCCGACUUCAAAGAUCUAAACGCUCUAUCUCACGAGGAGUGGAACAAGUGCUGGGCAUGCAAUGUCAUGUGCCAUCUCCAGCUCAUGCAAGCCGCCGGCCCGAUCUUCAAUGCUAAUCCCGAAGGAGGCGUCUACCUCAUCUCUUCUUCCAUCGCUGGCCGGACCCAGGGCGGAAGCAGCAUGGCCUACUCUGUGACCAAAGCUGCCGGCCUUCAUCUGAUGAAAUGUAUAGCCUCGACUCAAGGACCCAAGACGCGCAUCAACGCAAUUCUGCCCGGACUUCUGUUAACUGAAUGGGGCUUGCAAUACAGCGAGGAAAGAAUCAAGGCAAUUAAGGAAGCUGCUCCACUCAAGCACGAGGUGAGCCGCAUUGCCAAGCAUGUAUUCACUUGCUGA